UGGUAACACUUAGUCCUCCCAUUGUUUUGCAUUGGUGUGUUCUCACGUCACGUGACUCACAAGCUACCGUCUGCGGAGAGGAAAACAUGGCGGAUAUUCCUUGUUUUUUCAGAUAAAAAUAUAAUUUUGAAACUUAGUUUGGGCAUAAAAAUACAUUCUGACACCAUUUCUAGCGAGAAAUGUGCUCUUUGCUUCCACAGUCUUCAGCCAGUUCGUGCUUAUGAUAAAUAUUUAAUAGUUAUUACGAAUGUUUUUAUCGUUGCUAUGAUGGUUGCUAUGACGCUGCUAUAACACCACGGCGUAGCGUGCUGUUAAAAUCACCGUCCCUGCAUGGUGUCCUUCAAUGAUCGUGAAUGUUAUUCACGUUAUAUAAUAUUAAUAUUUGAGGCUAGAUUACACCUCUAAUGCGAAGGAUCCUGCAUGAGACAGUUCAUACCGAGAGCACCACGGACCGAGAUCUCCACGGACCGAGUUUGCGAGCGGACAUGACGUGUGGCUUGUAAACAAAACAUCCGGUCCUUUAACUCUGCGCUGCGUCAUAACAAGGUGCGCUUCGUUCUGUCAGGAUGAUCCAAGUGAAGCGACAGGAGUUUCAUUAACGUCAAUAACUUGGACCAACCAGUUUGUUUUGCUUGAUGAAGAGCAGGAAGGGCAGCCUGGAGAGAAAGAGAAGCCGGGUACCACGAGGAAGAUGAGGGAGAGAAAUGAUCCUACCAUUAAAGAGACUGUGAUAAGAGCGUUGAGAACAUCACCACUCUACAGGAAGAGACAGUCCAGUAAUGGGUGUCAGAAGUUCAGUAGUGAACGACAGAAACAAACAAUCCAAAUUACCUGUAGAACGCCCUUGAUGGAGGCUUCAGCUGCAUCGUCAGACUGGCGAGACAGCAAGAUGCCAACUUCAAUGCCAAUUUAUUUGGAGAGCACUGAGGUAUUGACCGAGACGGGACGUGAGGGCCUACUCUGCGUGCUCAGAGUUCAAGCCCAGCAGGCUGCAGCAGGCCUGACAUAUUCUGGAACAGCAGAACAGUCUUUGGAUGACUCCUCUGAAGAUGAAAACAUGGCGAGUUCUUCUCAAGAGAAGCGGUAUGGGUGUGCCUCAGCUCCUAGGUCCCUCCUGCAGCCUCCACUCCUGAUGCUAACCUCAUGUCUACACCACACCAAGCAGCAGACCUGGAUUGACAGACCUUUCUCCAGAGCUGCCCCCUCCCUCUGAAACCCCCCUCUCCAAAAAACUAUUGUGUCGUUUUUUAAGUCUUAUUUGCAUGAGAAUUGUUGAUCAUAACAUUUCCAGCAGAUGCCUUAAUGUAAUGUUUCUGCACAAUAAAUGACAUUGA